UUUUUGAAGACUUUGCAGCGUUAUUCACAAUGUUUUCCCCUCCCACUGGUCCUCUAUGGAGACGCACAGCAGCAUCAUUGGCUCGCAGUCCGUCAGCGCGAGUCUGAUGCCAGAGCAACCACUGCACGAGCAUCACAUUCAGCAGUCAUGACAAGUCAUUUCACACAUUUCUAGCGGACUUCUGCGUAUGAAUAUGGAGCAAAAUCAUUUAAAAUUAUUCUUGAAGAGUCUGUGGCUGUUUUUUCUUAUUGUGGAACACGUUCAAGCUGCACUAUCAGAUGGUUGGAUCCAUGCGCAUGCAGAAGACAAACUCUUUAAAAAACUCUUCAUCGGUUACAAUAAGUGGUCCAGACCUGUGCGCAACAUCAGCGAUGUUGUUAUCGUCAAGUUUGGCCUCUCGAUUGCCCAGCUUAUUGAUGUGGAUGAGAAGAAUCAAAUGAUGACAACAAACGUUUGGCUGAAACAGGAAUGGAACGAUUAUAAGCUGCGCUGGAACCCCUCUGAGUUUGAAAAUGUGACGUCUAUUAGAGUCCCGUCAGAGAUGAUUUGGGUGCCUGACAUCGUCUUAUACAAUAAUGCAGAUGGCGAGUUCGCAGUGACCCACAUGACCAAAGCCCACCUGUUCUACACGGGAAGGGUGAGUUGGGUUCCUCCAGCCAUCUACAAGAGCUCCUGCAGCAUUGACGUCACCUUCUUCCCGUUCGACCAACAAAACUGCAAGAUGAAGUUUGGCUCCUGGACCUACGACAAGGCCAAGAUUGAUCUGGAGCAGAUCGAAAACACAGUGGACUUGAAGGACUACUGGGAGAGCGGCGAAUGGGCGAUCAUCAAUGCCGUGGGAACCUACAACACAAAGAAAUACGACUGCUGUCAUGAGAUCUACCCGGACAUCACCUACUUCUUCAUCAUCCGCCGUCUGCCUCUGUUCUACACCAUCAACCUCAUCAUUCCCUGCUUGCUUAUUUCUUGUUUGACCGUACUGGUGUUUUACCUGCCAUCUGACUGUGGAGAAAAGAUCACGUUGUGUAUUUCCGUCCUUCUCUCGCUCACCGUUUUCCUAUUGCUCAUCACUGAAAUCAUUCCCUCGACGUCUCUGGUCAUUCCACUCAUUGGAGAGUACCUGCUCUUCACCAUGAUAUUUGUCACCCUCUCCAUAGUCAUUACUGUUUUUGUGCUUAAUGUGCACCAUCGAUCACCCAGCACCCAUAAAAUGCCCUGUUGGGUCCAUUCGGUGUUCCUAGACCUCAUUCCCCGCUGGCUCUUCAUGAGACGCCCAGAACCUGAGCCGAAGCGGCGUAACACGACCAAGCUCAGCACAUCCAAAAGCUGGCUUCAGCAGGAGACCGGCGUGGAUGGGCAGAACUGUCAGGACAUGGAGUUUGAGGUAGGGAUGAGAAUAUCGACGUCCAUCUCGUCCCCAUCCGCCACGUCUCUUCAUCUGUCCGACUCGGAGCCUUUACUCCAGAAGUACGAGCUCCAGCAGUUAGGGCACGUGGUGAACCUGUGUCAGCGUCCAGCAAAGCUUACAAACCUCGUGUCAGACCCCAGUCUCAGCUUCUCACCACGUGUCCUGCAAGCCCUGGACGGGGUGUGCUACAUCGCUGAUCACCUGCAUGCUGAGAAUGAAGACUUUUCAGUCAAGGAGGACUGGAAAUACGUGGCAAUGGUCAUUGACCGUAUCUUUCUGUGGAUGUUCAUCAUCGUGUGCCUGCUGGGAACGGUCGGCCUCUUCUUACCUCCCUGGAUAUCAGGAAUGAUCUAAGCACUUGCUUUAAGACCAACAUCAAGAGCUCUGAUAAAGACUUGAAGCCAAGACCUUUUCAGGAAUCCAUUAAAAAAAUAACAAACA